AUGAAGAUAUUCAGCCUUUUCUUCGCUCUCAGCAGCGUCAAAUCCUUCGACCUCGCUUCAGAUGACUUUCUUCUCAUGCAGCUUCUUGGCAACGGUGGCAUGUCUGCUUCUCAACAGAGCCAGAUGGGUGGCAUGCUUCCUUUCCUUCUCAUGGGCGAUGGAAAUGCGAAUUCCGACGAAUUGAUGAUGCUUCUCAUGAGCGGCGGCGCUGGCAGCAUGGACUCGCUUCUUCCACUUCUUUUGAUGAACAACACUGGCGAUACUGACAUGCUUUCUACCUUCAUGCUUCUUUCGACCAUCCAGGGCGACUGCAAUGUCAACACAAACAACGCCAUGUCCAAUCUUCUUCCCUUUUUACUUUUCUCCGAUGAUGGCAGCGCGCUUGCAUCCAGCACUGAUUCGCUCAUGACAAUGCUCAUGUUCUCCAGCAUGAGCGGCGGUGGAGCAAUGGACAUGAGCACGCUCCUCAUGAUGGAUCUCUUCUCCGACGACAGCAGAAAACGACGAUCGACUCUUGGCGGAGACAGCAUGGAUGAAAUUCUCACAAUGGUUCUUUUGAACUCUAUGACUGGCGGUAUGAACACUCAGAGCGGUUUCGACAACUCCUUCAACAUGCUCCUUCCUUUCCUUUUGAUGAACGAUACUACUGGUGCCACUGAUGAUACUUCCAUGCUCGUUCUUAUGAUGGCCCUGCAGAGUGGUGCUCCUGGAAGUGCGAUGGGAUCUAACAUGAUGCUCCCACUCAUGCUCAUGGACUCCUCCGGCUCUUCCAACAACGAAGAUUUGCUUUUUUUCAUGAUGAUGUUCGGCGCUGGUUCUUCUGGCGGAUGCAACCGAGUCAACGUCAACCUUCCUCCAACCGUCAUCAACCUAACCGCACCUCCCGCUCCACCACAGCAGCCAAUUAUCAUCAACCACUCUCAACCCCAGCCUCAACAACAGCAGCCAAUCAUUAUCCAACAACCUCAACCUCAGCCACAACAACCUAUCAUUGUUCAGCAACCUCAACCGCAACCCCAGCAACCUAUCAUCGUCCAACAGCCCCAGCCUCAGCCACAACAGCCAAUUAUCAUCCAACAACCUGAACCCCAGCCCCAACAGCCCAUCAUUGUCCAGCAGCCACAGCCUCAGCCCCAGCCGGUUUUCAUGCAGCCCCAGGUUCCCGCCUAUGGAUUCUACAAUUACAGAAUGGGCGGCAUGUACAACUAUUACCCUAACUAUUAA